CACAGUUUUAAGUGCUGACGAAAGAUCAAAGAGGGUUGUCUUCGCUCGUCCUUGUGUCUCCAAUCAACUUCUCGUAGUGAGCAUAAAUUGGAGAUUUAUAAAUCCGCCUUUAAGGCGAAAAGGGUAGAUUGACUUUUAUAAUAAUCGAAGGGAUGUUACAUACCCCCCAAGUACUGCUGUGAACUAGAUUUGUUGUCGAUUUUAUUGGUUUUAAAGUCAUGGAUUCACAAAUCCACCGCAUCAGCGCCGUAGAACAUCGGCCACCUUCGUUGUCUGUAUCUUCAGCGCAAGGAGAAACAGAGAGAAGGCGAAGAUCGUCAACUAACGCGUCCCAAAAUUCUGGUGUCAAUACCUUUUCUCCUGACAGGAGCGACCGAAGAAAACCAUCCAGUACAGCGACGCCAUUCUUGUAUUCCUCCAGCGGUCGCAAAGUAUCUAGCAGUGUUUCUCCAAGGUUCGAGCCCAUAGACACUGCAGCCUCGAAACACAAGCAAAGUGAAGUCUUACCGACCUAUCGAAUGGCACCGCAGGCCGACAGAAAAUUCCGACCUCAAGUUGUCAAGAAAAUUAUGGAUGAGGCUUUUGAAGAGAGCCUUGACGGACUGAACGGGUAUGAUUCAGUGAAAUGUCGGGCGCUCACUACGCAAGUCUGCGAAGAUAUCAAACAAAGAGUAAAAUGGCUUAAUUUUGAGCGCUGUAAGCUAAUUUGUGUGGUUCAUAUUGGCUCGGUGAACGGUCAAGGUAUGAGAGUAGCAAGCCAGUGUCUGUGGGAUCACACGGUGGAUAAUUUCGCUUCGACAACAUAUUGUAAGGGCGACAUUUUUGCGGUUGCGUUGCUCUUUGGAGUUUACAAGGAGUAGUUCAGCGACCGCUGUUCUUUUCGUAUAGGUUAUUGUUCGUUUAUAAACUGUUGUUGCUAAGAUCAGGGGCUUUAACUGUAAAAGCGUUAAUAUACAGCUUAAUAUAUACAGUACAGUCAUAAAGAAAGGUUAGGAAGCGCUAGCUGAUAUCAUUCGGCAGCCUACUGAGUAACUAAAUAACACCUUCAGUGAUAAUUUCCGAUAUCUUUGAAAACCGCAUCAAAAUCCUUAGGCUAGAAUAAUUUCAAUUCUUAUUUAACCUUUAUCGUUACUGCAAUGAGCCCUUGUGCAAAUUGGAUUUGCAAUGAAAUGAUUUCUUUUCCAAUCUGAUUUUUCCGAAUUGCGUUUCAACAUUCCAUUGUUACACUCCUCACGUAUUGACGGAUUACAACCGAGCUACUUAGUGUAGAAUAACAUAUUCAGCCCGUGCUAUGGUUAGAACAAUGGGUGCAAAGCACAUUUCAAAUCACUGUAAGAAGAUAAAUGAUAAAUAUACGAUAUAUAGAUAAAUAAACAUCUGCGCAUAUCAUAAAGAAUCAAAUUCUCCGAUACACCAAUUACAGGUUGAGAUUCAAACACAAGGAAAGGCACCACUGGAUGCAAAGAGGCGGAACCUUUUUUAGAUUAACCUCUGGUAGCGCCGAUAAUCCUGACUAUUUCCUUAAUCGCGUUCAAGUUCUAUGUAAAGAUUCAUUUUUCCUUUUACAAGUUACCUUCUUAAACAACGAUUUCUCUGCAGACGGGUCAGCGGUACCUGGAAAUAAAGGCAAGUUGCAUGAGAGAAGUAAAUGUUGCAAAUUUACUUCGAACCUGGGAGAAAGAAAUUUCCUAAUCAAUCAAGAGUAUGCAAAGCCCAGAGAACUGAACAUUGAAAUUUGAACUGUUUUUCUGCCAACCAUUUCCCUAAAAGACCCAAAAAGAAGACAUGGGAAAAGAAAUUUUCUUGAAAGUUUCUCAGGCCACAAGUUCCCCUAAUGAUUAUGUAUCUUUUGCCUUCUUUAACAUGUGAGUUUCGCAUGGAUAACAAUGAACAAUUUGCUUAUGCUGUUAGAGAGGAAAGAAAUAUGCCCAUAUGUGCAGAACAGUGCACAUGCGGAUAAUAGCCUGAGUUCCUAGCCAUAUUAAUACUAAAAUAGACCAUCAAGUUGACACUAUAGUGUACACGUGGAUACACUGUUCAGAAUGUAAUUAGAUUACCGUACAUCCUCCAGCAUUUAUUCAAAAUAAAAAAGAAAGGGCGCUUAUUGGAAGGAGGGUGCUUAAUCGAGGGGGACCCUUAUUAAGAAACUAUGAAGCUGAACUGAUGCCGUUGUCGUUGAAGCUUAAAAAAAUUAUGA